UAAAAAUAAAGAAAAACCUUUGAAUGAGUAGGUGUGUUCAAACUUUUGUCUGGUACUGUAUAUAUGAGAUAGUCUAACAGUAAAAUCCAUUUUAUUUUUUGUUGAGAAAGCAUUGGCCUACCAAGACAAAUUGAAGACAUAGAUAUGGUUUUACUGCCAUCAAAUAUAUCAAAAAAAGGAAAAGGUCUGACUGUUGGUGUGCUUGGAGGGGGACACAUUGGAAAACAGCUGGUCCAAGUGCUUCUUGAAAAGAAUGGCCUAAAACCGUCACAAAUCAACAUUUCCACAAGGAGGCCUGAAACUCUAGAGGAAUUUGUGAAGAGGGGUAUCAUGUGUUACUUUGACAACCAGCGAUUGGUGGCCUGGGCAGAUGUGCUGUUCCUCUGUUGCCUUCCCUCUCACCUACCCAAGGUGUGUGCAGAGCUCCAAUCCCACCUACCAAAGCACUGUCUGGUGUACAGCUUCCUCUCUGCCGUACCUUUAAACAGAUUGGCACAGCUUCUUGGUCACAGCUUCAUUCUCAAACCACAGUAUGAGUUUGUGGCUUGUGACUCUGUCAACAUGUGGCAUUCCCGAGGUCAUGUGACCGCGGCUUUGAAAGACCCAGAAGUAAUAGAUGCAUCCUGUCCUCUUGCCAUGAGAGGUGGGCUCUGUCUGGAUCCAAAGUGGCUGUUUGGGUUGUUGUACAGUCUCUUGAACAUGUGCACCGCUGCAAAUGUGGGAUCCACUGAAGCUCUUGGCCUGAUCAAUGAGCUGUUCCAGUUAAAAGGUCCAGGCACUGUGGCAUUCAUCCUGAACAAUUUUAUCCAUUCCUCCUAUGCAUCUUCCCUGACACCAGAUGAGUCUUUCCCCUGGAUUAAUUUAGUUGAUGUUCAGUCUAAGGAGACACCAUUAUCAUGCUUCAUAUCAAGAAAUAACAGUAUGCAGGGUUGUCUCUCUGCUCUAUACAAUUCAGUAAUGGUGGAUCCACUGAAGGGAAAGAAAGAGCCUGGAAAACCCAAAGAUGGAACUCUGUCUGUCAUAACACCAAGUCAUUGUAAAAAAUCUGAUUUUGUGUGAUGUUGAUUUACUCUGUUAACUGUUAACAGAAUAAAAUAAAGGGAUUGAGUAUAUUUUUUUUAUCAGAUCAAUUAAUGUACCCUUCAAAAUGUAUAACAAUCUCAGGUU